CCUCCCCUCUUCAGUUUAGUUAAAGUUCAGGCUGCCUGUGGCUCGGAAACUUAUCAGAGCUCCUCCACACUGCUUUGGUCCAGGCUAGCGGACCUUCCUCUAUCCGAACACAACCGGACAGAACCGAAACUCGCGUCUGUUUGGACCUAAAGACUCUCCACCAGAGGAGCCGAACCACCACCUACUGAAGUUCACAGCUUAUCGAACAGAGAUGUUUGAGAUCAAAAGGAUCUGUUGCAUCGGCGCUGGGUACGUAGGAGGACCAACGUGCAGCGUGAUCGCUCACAUGUGCCCGGAGAUCACUGUGACCGUCGUGGACGUCAACGAGUCCCGCAUCAAAGCCUGGAACUCCGACACUCUGCCCAUUUAUGAGCCAGGACUGAAAGAGGUGGUUGAAUCAUGCAGAGGGAGGAAUCUGUUCUUUUCCACAGACAUUCCCUCAGCCAUCAAGGACGCCGACCUCGUCUUCAUCUCUGUGAAUACCCCGACGAAGACCUAUGGAAUGGGUAAAGGUCGCGCAGCUGACCUGAAGUUCAUUGAGUCGUGCGCUCGGCAGAUUGUGGAGGUCUCCGACGGCUACAAGAUCGUCACAGAGAAGAGCACCGUCCCCGUGCGGGCUGCAGAGAGCAUCAGACGGAUCUUUGACGCCAACACUAAACCCAGCCUUAACCUGCAGGUGCUGUCCAACCCAGAGUUCCUCGCAGAGGGAACAGCAGUACGGGAUCUAAAGGAGCCGGAUCGCGUCCUGAUCGGUGGAGAUGAGACGCCGGAGGGUCAGAAGGCGAUCAGAGCACUUUGUGCUGUUUAUGAACACUGGGUCCCCAAGUCCAGAAUCAUCACUACCAACACCUGGUCGUCUGAGCUCUCUAAACUGGCGGCGAAUGCUUUCCUGGCGCAGCGAAUCAGCAGCAUCAACAGCAUCAGUGCUCUGUGUGAAGCCACAGGAGCCGACGUGGAGGAGGUGGCCAAGGCCAUCGGCAUGGACCAGAGGAUUGGCAGCAAGUUCCUUAAAGCCAGCGUCGGCUUUGGUGGGAGCUGUUUCCAGAAAGACGUGCUCAAUCUGGUGUAUCUGUGUGAAGCUCUAAACCUGCCGGAGGUGGCGUCCUAUUGGCAGCAGGUAAUUGACAUGAAUGAAUACCAACGACGGCGAUUUGCUUGUCGGAUCAUUGACUGCCUCUUCAACACCGUUACUGGAAAAAAGAUUGCUCUGCUUGGGUUCUCUUUCAAAAAAGACACGGGGGACACCAGGGAGUCGUCCAGCAUCUACAUAUCAAAGUAUCUGAUGGACGAGGGAGCCAAGCUGUUCAUCUAUGACCCCAAAGUUCUUAAAGAGCAAAUCAUUCAUGAUCUGUCGCAGCCCAGCAUCUCAGAGGACAACCCAGAAAGAGUGUCUGAGCUGGUGACCAUAACCUCAGACCCCUAUGAGGCCUGCCAGAGCGCACAUGCAUUGGUCAUCUGCACAGAGUGGGACAUGUUUAGGGAACUUGACUAUGAGAAGAUUUACAAGAAAAUGCUGAAGCCAGCCUUCAUUUUUGAUGGUCGCAGAGUUCUAGACCACCUCCACGCAGAGCUGCAGAACAUCGGCUUCCAGAUCGAGACCAUUGGGAAGAAAGUGACCUCUGCUCGAAUCCCCUACACCCCAGCAAUCGUUGGACCACGCACCGCUGCCACCGAGCCUCCCACCAAGAAGGCAAAAGCCUGAAAGAUGAACCCCCCCCUCUGCCCAAUAUUGGCUCGCUGCUUCUCAUCAGUCUCAAAGUUGCUGCAAAUCAAAUAUCUUUUAUAUUUCUGUAACGCUAUCAUUCCAAACACCACAGCCAGAAUUACAUCUAGCACAUGCAUCAGAUGACCUGUUUUUAUAGAAACACUAUAUACGCAGGUUUAUUUUCUUAUAUAAUGAAGCUGUUCUUAAAUGCAAAGUUUUAUCUUUUUCUUUUCCUAUUACUAUUUUUAUAAAUCAUGUUGCUGUAUGCUAAGUGUUCAUUUAAGGGGCCAAUGCAAUAAAAUGAGACCUGUAAUUCUUUAGAUACUUUUUAUACAUGUAUCACCUCCAAUAAAUCUGUCUUUAUAAGUUCAAAUCUCA